ACGAUUUGUAUCGCCCACUCCUAGUAAUAACUCAGCGGCCGUACUAUAAAAUUUUUAACCCCGGUUUAUUGAUGAAAAAGAGAAUUCAAUAAUAUUAAAGCAAUGGCCUUUAGUGAACUUUGUAGAAUUUGUUUAUGCGUUAAUGUACGCAUGUUUGUACUAAAGGAGACUGGUCUCAAAAAUUUAUACAAAACAUUGACGGACACUUUUAUGGAUGAGAAUGAGGGACCCAUAUUAGUCUGUUUCACUUGUCAUGCAAGACUCAAUCGUUGCAGAAGUUUACAACAACAGGCUAUUGAGUCGAAUGCAGUUCUGGAGCAGUUGCUUGCAGGAGCGUCCAUGUCAACACCAAAUCCGCAUAAGCCUAGAUAUGAAAUUCAAUUCACACCAAUUUGUCAUAUAGAUAUCAGGCCAGUUGAGUGUGAUACAGAAAAUGAUUGUAAUGACGAAAUUUUUAGUCUUGAAUCUGUUAAAGUUGAGGAAGAAAAUAUCAAAGAUGAGAAUUCCAAAUUUGAAGAAAAUGGGAAUCAUGAAACAGGUAAGGAUAUACACAUUUUGUGAUAUGGUUAAAAUAAGUACAGUUUACCUAAUGGCAAGUGGCAAGCAAUUUAUUACUGUAGCCCAUGGACACAAAAUAAGUGCUUCAUAUGCAUGGUACUAGAAUAGAAUAGAAUAGAUUUUUUAUUCAAUAUUGAUUAUUACAUAGUACUUAUUGAAAGUCACCUCUGUCCUGGGAGAACCAGCAAGAAACCUAGUAGGACUUUCUUUUUUCAAACAUAUUUCACUUAACAAUAAUUUUGUUUAUAUAAUUUUUAAAUGAAUUUUCAUAGAACCAGCAUGGUGGCGAUCACCUUAUUUCCAGGGGUUAUUUUCAUUCAUGUAUUCCUUGAUAUUAUAAUAACCCCUUUUGUACAGUUUUUCUUUAAUAAACUUUUAAAUUUGUUUAUUGACAAACUUUGAAGAUGUUUUGGGAUUUUGUUGUAAAAGCGUAUACAUUGCCCAAUAAAUAAAUUAUUGAUUCUGUGGAGUCUAGUAACUGGCAUUACUAGCUUAUGUUUGUUCCUAGUGUUUAAAGUAUGAACAUUCUUAUUCUUAUUAGAGUUACUUAUGUUUUUAUGUACAUACAUUACAUUUUCAUAAAUAUAUUGCGAUGCCAAAGUUAAUAUGCUUAUUUCUUUUAAUUUUUCUGUGAGGAACUCUUUACAAUUUAGGUUAUAAAUCAGCAGUACGGCUCUCAUUUGCAAAACAAAUAUAGCUUCUUUACUUAAACUUUUUUGAAUCUCUUGUCUUUUUUUAUUAUCAUUUUGGCCAAAAGCUAAUGUUGUGAUAGAUUUACCUGGUUCGAUAUUCAGUUUUUUGUUCCUCCCUUUUCCAUUUCAUUUGGUUUCCUAUUUUCCUUUAAAUAUUCCAGUAACGUACGGUCUACAGUAAAAUUUGGCUCAUGCGGAAGGCCUUCAGGAAAAUUUUUGUAUACUUUUUGAGGAUUGAACGGUACUAUACCUGUUGCUUUGAAUUCUUUUAUCACGGUUUCUUUUUUAUGCAUAUGUACUUCUUGCAUAAGUUUUGCAAGGAGAAGCAGAAAGUGGGAUUUAUUAAGCCCCACUAGCUUUUGAUUUUCAUAUUUAUAUGAGGUUAAAAUUUUACGCCAUACCUUUUUCAAAGGCCCAAAGAAAGCCACAUCCAGCGGCUGAGUAAAUUGGGUUGAAUUAGGUGGCAGUAGCACAAACCGUAUGUCAUUUUUUUCGCAUAAUUUUAUCACAUCUAUAUUUAUAUGGGUGCAAAGGUUAUCGCCAAUUACGACCUUUGGACCUACUAAAUGGCGUGCCCAUGGCACAAUUAUUACAUUGAACCAGUCAUAAAAUGUUAUUGAGUCAAACCAACCACUUUUGGUUCUGUUAAAUUGAGCAUUCUCGGGUCCUCCUUCUACCCACUGCAAUAACUGCAUAAAAACUACCUUUUACCAUUUCCGUCAACAAAAUAUGUAGCACAAAACGUAAAUAAUUAAAUAUUUCAGAAUUAAACAGCUAACCAAUUAGUAAGAUCUUAGAAAAAUGCCACAAAGAACAGAAAAACUUC